CGGAGUGGACGUUUUUGGAGCAGGCCGUGACUUUGUUUGUUGCCUAUUUGGAAGAAGAAAAGCGAUUGGGGUGAAUUGGAAUUUCUGCAGGCUUGGAUCGAUCGAGAGAGAUGGAAGAGGAGAAGAAGAAGGGCAAGUACAUGAGUAUAAUAAUCCCUACUUACAAUGAACGUCUUAACAUCGCUCUCAUUAUCUACCUUGUCUUCAAACACCUUCCUUCGGACGUUGACUUUGAAGUCAUUGUUGUGGAUGAUGGAAGUCCUGAUGGUACUCAAGAUAUCGUUAAACAGUUGCAGCAAGUGUAUGGUGAAGAUCGCAUUCUCUUAAGGGCUCGGCCAAAGAAGCUUGGAUUAGGUACUGCUUAUAUUCAUGGUUUAAAGCAUGCUUCGGGCAACUUUGUUGUUAUCAUGGAUGCUGAUUUGUCACAUCAUCCAAAGUACCUGCCAAACUUCAUCAAAAAGCAGAUGGAGACAGGUGCAAGUAUUGUUACUGGAACUCGGUAUGUUAAAGGUGGCGGCGUUCACGGAUGGAAUCUUAUGCGCAAAUUGACAAGUAGAGGAGCGAAUGUCCUAGCACACACACUGCUCUGGCCUGGUGUAUCAGACCUCACCGGUUCAUUUCGGCUUUAUCAGAAAUCUGUGCUUGAGGACAUCAUAAGCUCGUGUGUUAGCAAGGGAUAUGUUUUCCAAAUGGAGAUGAUUGUUCGGGCUUCAAGAAAAGGCUACCAUAUUGAAGAGGUUCCCAUCACUUUUGUUGACAGAGUGUAUGGUAGUUCGAAACUCGGGGGAUCAGAAAUAGUGGAAUAUCUAAAGGGCCUUGUAUAUCUUCUGCUUACCACUUGAUGAUGGGUGAACAGUUUUGGAGAGCUUAAAAGUUUCUAAUACAUUCUAUAAACUACGUAGAUAUUUACGGGUCAUGUUCAAUUGUGCAUCCCCCAAUUUUUAACUGUUAAGCUACCCUCUUGUAAUCCAGCGGGAGAGCGGAUUGUCUAACUUGUGGUAUGGUGCCAGUAGUUUUUGCGUAAGUUCUAUUAUAAUUAUUGUACAUUUUCCCAACGUCCUGUUUCGGGAUAUACUGAUCCCAGGGUUUUGGUUUCAAGGAAAAUCCAGGUUUAUAGAUUAACUCUCUCCUGAUUCCGUUGAGAGGACCAUAAACAGUUUUAAUGUAUGCAUCAGGAAUAAUCCAUUCACAUUCUCGUUCUCUCAUAAUAAUAAUAGACAGUUUAUAUA